GCGCCGCGCACCGGAAGCGGAAGCGCCGUGAGGGAGGAGCAGCAGCAGCGGCGGCAAAAUGGCGGCUCCGGUCCUGCGGGCCCCGGGGCUGCUCCCGCCGCUCCGGGCGCCGCUGCGGGGCUGCCUGGGCCCGCGCCGCCUCCCGGCGAGCCCCGCGGCGGUUCCGCUUCCGGUCCCGGUCCCGGUGCGGGCCAUGGCCGGGCACAACCGCUGGUCCAAGGUGCGCAACGUGAAGGGGCCGCGGGACGCGGAGCGGAGCCGCCUCUGGGAGAAAAUGGCGCGGAUGCUGCGGGCGGCCGCCAGAGAGGGCGGCCCCGACCCCGCGCUGAACGCCGCCCUGGCGGCCGUGGUGGCGCAGUGCCGGACACUGAACGUGCCCAAGGCCACCAUCGAGGGGCCGCUGCGGGCACUGACGGAGCGUCCGGCCGGGGGGUCGCAGCUGCUGCUGACCGCUCGGGGCCCGGCCGGGUCACUCGUGCUGCUGGACGUCCGAACCGACAACGUCCGGCGCAGCCAGGCCGAGCUGCGGACACUGCUGCAGCGGCACGGGGCCGCGCUGACCGCUGACGUCCGGCACGCCUUCGAGGCCGUGGGCGUGGUGCGAGUGUCCGGCCGGACGCUGGGCCUGGAGGCCGCGCUGGACGUGGCCGCAGCGGCCGGAGCCCAGGACGUGGCCGAGGAGCAGGACGAGCUCAAGUUCCUGUGUGACCCCUCGGCCCUGGGCAGUGUCCGGCAGCGCCUGGCGGCCGCAGGGCUCCGGCCGAUUUCGGCCGCGCUGGAAUUCCGGCCGCGGUCAGCGCUGGCUCUGCCGGACGGGCCGAGGGCCGCGGCCGAGCGGCUGCUCCGGGCUCUGGCCGAGCGGCCGGACAUCGUCCGCAUCGUCCACAACGUCCAGGACAUCCCGGCGGUCACUCAGGGCGGUCACUCGGCUCCGGACACGGCUCCGGCCACGCCGCACGAUGGACAAUAAAGGUGUGAGGUGUGGUCAAGCGGUCAUUUGGUCAUUUGGAGUGGUCAAGGGAUGGGAAAAUGGUCACUGGAGUGGUCAGUGGUCAUGAGGGUGGACACAGGGUGGUCAAGGGGUCAGUGGGAGUGGAA